GAUCAAUGAAAAUCAUUAUUCUUCAUGGGAUCGGAGCCUAAUUAAACAAAAAAAGAGGCAAGACCCUAAUCCUACCUCUCGGCUCCCUCUCUCUCCCUCUCGGCAGUUUCAGCGGCGCUCCAGCCGCCCAUCCUUCAUCGUCGGCAGUCCUCCAGCGGCGGCACUCCCCCCCUCUCUCCGGUUCUCUUCUCUCCAAUGGCCGAAAGCGAGGUUACCUCCAACACCACUCCGGAAAAAACCCCUCAUCUUGAUUUCACGACGAUCUCAAAUGUCAAACUCUAUGUUCCGGUUUUUCUCAGCCUCUCUCAACCGAACUACAAAAAGUGGAGUCGCCUUUUUCUCCUCUUGGUUCGCCGAUUCAAUCUCCAAGGCUACAUCAAUGGCUCCAUCGCCCCUCUCUCUGAAGACGACGAUGAGUGGCUCCAACUUGACGCUCUCCUCCAGGGAUUGAUCUUGUCCACCAUCUCCGACGAAGUCUCAGAUCUGGUUAUCUCCUCUGUCUCCACUGCUUCUGCUCUUUGGAAAGUUAUUCAUGAUCUGUUUCACGACAACAAGAAUGCUCGUGCCAUGCAACUAGAGCACGAGUUCCGCACCACCGUCAAAGGCAACACCACUAUGGCGGCCUAUUGUCAGCAUCGGCAAAAUCUCGCCGAUUGGCUAGACGAUGUUGAUGCCCCGGUGUCCCAACAUCAACUGGUUCUUCAGAUGCUUCGUGGUCUCCCCGCAGAUUUGCAGGCCCAGACGUCUUUUUUUCAAUUUCAGGACCCGCUACCCACUUUUCUCCAAGCCCGCUCCGCCCUUAUGUUAUUGGACCGGAAACGCUCUCCCAUGGCUGAAGCGGGUGGCACGGCUCUCCUUGCCGGCCGGCCCGGUGGUAACGGCGGCACAUCUUCCACUGCACUUCUCCAACAUCUCAUCCAGCGGCUAGAGGCCGAAUUUGCUAUGACAGACAUGGGAGACCUACACUUUUUCCUCGGCAUCAACGUACACAGGACGACCAGUGGCCUAUUUCUCCACCAAACACAGUUCACUCAUGACAUACUCGAGCGGGCCAGGAUGGUCUCUUGUCGCCCCAUCUCCACCCCAGUGGACACAAAGGCAAAGCUCUCCUCCUCGUCAGUCUCCUGGUCCUCCAAGCGUCAGGCUACCACUUCCCGUUACAGUGCAGAAUCUGAGUAUUGCGCUGUGGCCAACGCCGUUGCAGAGACGAGCUGGAUCCCGAAUCUACUACUUGAGCUGCAGCAACCCCUUCGGCUUGCCACCCUUGUCUUUUGCGACAACGGCAGUGCUGUGUAUCUCUCGACAAAUCCUGUACAGCACCAGCGCACCAAACACGUGGAAGUUGAUAUCCACUUUGCCCGUGACAAAGUAGCACUGGGUCAUGUGCGAGUUCUCCACGUCUCCUUGUCUUCGCAGUAUGUUGAUAUCUUCACUAAGGGACUGUCAUCUUUAUUAUUUCUGGACUUCAGACAAAGCUUGGGAACUCCUCCACAUUCGACAUAGCCGGGAGCAUGUUAAAUAUAUUGUAUUAUUCCCU